GGGGAAGCACGGCCCGGUGAUGAGCUCCUGAAGGCUGCAGCAUCCUCCCGUGAGUAGCCUCGGCAGCCGGGAGGGUAAAAAGCUUGCAGAGGGUUGGAGAACCAUCACGGAAAGCUGCUUUGCUGCGCACGUGUAACUCAGCCAACCCUUCACAGGGAAGGGAUGCAAACUGACCAGAGGAGAUAGAAAAAGUCCCUGAACUCUGGGAAACUUUGGAAUUGGAUCAGAUUCCAGAUCUGCGUGCCACAGCAGAAGCCCAGAUCUGCCCUGUGCUACCGAUGUUAAUUAAUUUCAUGCUGUUCUCCAGCUGGAUACGAUGCUUUGACAUUUGUUUUUGUGGUUUCUAUCGGUCCUGUUCCAGUAACACAAAAUGGGCCGCCGAGUUCCUCUUCUCUGAAUUGCCCGUGAGAACUCGGCUGAGGUGCAACAUCUGUCGUGCUUUGCAGUGACAAGCCGCUGCCUGGCUCAGCAUCUGUCGGGCGUGAGCUUGCGGGGGGGCAGCGAGCUUGUUCCCAGGAUUUCCAAGCCCAUCCUCACCCUGCUCCGGCUCCUCUCGCCUGCUGUUUCCUCCUCGUCUCUGGCUUCUCCAGAUUCCUGGCUGAUGCAUAAGGGCCUCCUGAGUGUUCCUGUUCUGCCUGGUCACACUGUGAACACGUCCAAGCUUGGCUACAGAUACUGAGCAGUGACAAGGGUCCUGAUGCCUGGACCGUGUCCUCACCUUGGCAGAGACUUCCGCUCCCAAAUCAAGAUGACGACAGCCGCACCACUGAUCAAUAAUACUCAGUUCUCAGUAAAUGUGACCACAAAGUCUCAAGAACAAAGUCUCUAUCAAAGUUCUGGAGCAAUAGUUGCUGCCAUCGUAGUAGGAGUGAUUAUUAUUUUUACGGUAGUUCUGCUCAUAUUGAAAACAUAUAACAGACGCAUGAGAGUGAAGCGGGAGCUGGAACCCAAAUCCACCAAAACAGCAAUGCCACCUGCUUUGGGGCAGAACAGCAACAGCUUGUCCCAGCAUCCUACAGUGACUUUCAUACCUGUGGAUAUCCACAUGCAGAACAGAUAACUGGGAACACCUAUCCUGCCUGCGAGGGGAGAGAGAUGGAAUUCUUAUUUACGUGGACCUGGGACUCCUCAGCAAAGCGACGCUGCAUUUGGAAUAACAAUGACCUGUUAUUUUUGUUUAUAGAUGGUAAUUAAUCGUGCUUUCUCUCUUUGGGAGGAAAAAGAAAAGGUCUGGAUGCUUUUUGUAUGACUAAAAUGAACUGGUGGAGGCAUACAAGUCAUUGGAAACGCAGUGAGCCUUUUUACAGAGCUCGGGGUAUGGAGAGACCAAAUAAGAAAAGGAAGAAAGGAUGCACACUCAUAUUUCAUGGAGCUUUUGCUUACUUGGAGAGUUUGAGCUUUUUUUUUAUUCUGCCAUAACUGGUGAUAAAGUGGAAGAAAAAUUUGGACGUGCAAGCUACAACUCGGGUUGAACCUGGGUUUGUUAUGAUUUAUGUGAAACAGGUUUGUAGUCUAUUUUAUACAUGAUGGAUAGUACAGGAAGUAUCAAAAUUGUAUUUAUCUUUACUCAUCUUUCGUGUUUCUAAUGCCACACAUGUAUGGUUUUAGACAAAAAAAGUUACUUUUUAUUUUCAAGUAUUUUUAAGAUAUUUCUAUAAACUUGGUAACCUACCCAUUUCCAAAUGAACUCAAUGUCUAAGGGUUUUCACUCUCACGCCAAGAAUGGCUUUAGGUUCAUUGAUGGAGUUGCAUUAGAAAGUUUUGUCUUAGAGAAAAAUCUGAGAAGGUCUUUAAUUGAAAAAGUAAGCAUGGAAAAGCAAUAUAAAAUAACAGUUACUCUGUACAACUCACAUCCUGACAUGCUUUGUUCUCUAAUGCAGACUAGACUUGAACUAUUUUUAGAUUUAUUUUUUUCUAAAAAGUAAUCAAAAGCGAUGUUGUUUUGCAAGGGUGAUGACUGGGGGUGUACAGUAACACAACAAAGAAAUUCCCACGGAUAUUCACAGCCCACCGAGUGGGAACACACAGCAGCAUUGUCAGAUGUUCAGUGGCUGAUUGUCUCGUGUGUAUCAAAGCAGCCCUGAAACACCAGCUGACAGGACAGAUAGGAAGGAUUAGGAAGAAAUUGAGGAGUUAAACCCUGUUUUAAAUAGAAGUAUGUGAGGCUCUGAGAAACACCUCUGCGAACAUGUUAAAUUUUAGGGAACCGCUCACUUGAACGGCUGGGCAGUGAGGAGAGCAGCAGUAACGAUUUUCUGUAUUGCCUGUGUCUUGCACUGAGACUCUGCCAGCGGUCAGCUUGCAGCUGCUGUGGCCAUCGGAGGGCUCCAGCCUGUUUAGAGACGUCAGUAAAACUGUUAGGAGGGUAUUUUAACUCCUGUUUGGGAGCUGGAGAGACGUUACUCUUGUCUGAGUUGGUCACAGAGAGCCUCCAGCUUUAAAGGUUUUCGUCUUGCAGCGGUUCACUUACGCUUCUUCCCAAUCCUGUCCCACAUUGCCAAGAGUUACAUCCUUAAAUGAUGCGGUGCCAAAACAAAGCUGACCAUUCUCAGAGAACAGUGAUGAGGGACUGGAGUGAUCAGCUGAUAUAUGUCUUUUUCCAAGAUGUGAAGCAAUCUUUCGAACAGGUCAUUUUUACUGACUGUAUCUUUCUGCAGAAACUAAAUUCAAUUACUUUGCAAUUUUUUUUUUUUUUUGGUAUGAAACUGGAGCACAGUUUGAACUCCAAACUAAAUAUUAAGACAGCUGUUUGUGAAGUUUCUAAAUCUUGUUGUAAAUAUUUUACUUGUUCCAGUUCUCCAAUGUAAUUUUUUUGUGGCAGGAAUGAUUGAUAUCAUUCAAAAGGGAAUGCAGGUGCCAAUUUAAUUUUUUUCUAAAAAUUUAAAGGACUUGGCUUCCUGUUCCUGUCUCUGGACAGCUGAGGAUGUUUUCUGAGCAUGUUCCAACGUAUCAAAAUCAAGAUCUUUAGAGAAGAUAAGCCUCGAUUUACUGUUAUUUUUUUUAACAUUACCAGCCAGACCUACUUCUAGCAAAUUUUGUUUACUUUCCAUUUAUGGAAUUUCCGAACAAUGAAGUUCACUGUGCUUCACUGAAGCAGCAUAAGCAAUACUUCUAUAAGCAAUUCUAGAUUAGUAGAAUUACUAUUAUUGGCAGGAGAAUUACUGCCUUGACCACACCAGCACAUUCAAAAAUGUGCUGUUUUACCAGUAAAAUGUGCCUUAUAUUGGCACAGUCUGGGAGGCCCCCACAAUCCAUUCUGACUCCUGUCAGCAAAAUCCAGAGCUUGUGCUGAUCAAGCAAAAUCACCUU